UGUGCCCUCACGUCGCCUGACUACACUUGGAAAAGAAAACUGGGCUUAGAAUAGAAACACAUUAACAGGUGCCCGCAGACUAACUAGCUUCAGGCAGACAUCUUCUCCGAAGCUGUCGGUGUGCAGGUUACACGAUGGAUUACGACCAAAGAUACAAAAGGAACCAGGGAAACCCCGAGGGAAACCAAAACACCAGACACCCGAGACAGAUGACAGAUCAGUGUGGACAGGAUCAAACACUUCCAAAUCCAAAUGUUCACGGAAAUCCACAAGUGCCAACUGGACAGCCACGGUACUCAGAUGGAUACACCAUUAUCCCACCAAAUGAAUCUAAGCGAAACGAGAUGAAAACAAUUGCUCAAAAAGAAGAAGAGGCUCUUAACCGAUGGAAAGAAACACAGAGAGUCCCCUCUGUACGUGUGAAUCCAGAGAGGCUUGGUGGUGAUGUCACACUGGCUGAAGUCAGGCAAAAACAGCAAAUAAAUCAUCAAUCCAUGAAACUGCAGAAGAAAAUAAAAAAGGCUGAGGAUGACAAGAGGAGGAAACAGGAAGAGGAGGAGAAGUGGCAGAAGAUGAAAGCAAUACAGAGGGAGAAGGCUGAGCGUCUACUGGAGAAGGAGCGGCAGGAGGAUCAGAGGAGGAGAGAGGAGUUUGAGCAGGACCGCCUCAGAACACAGGAGAGGUUUCUUCAGAAUUUCGAGAGGAAAGCUUCAUCAGCGUCCACCACUGCCAUACGCACGUCAUCCAGGGGCACAGAUGUGGAGAGUAAACAGACAAAGGAAUCAAAAAAUCUGAGAGAAGUGCAGCUGGAACACAAGAGGGUGAACGCGGCCUUUUUGGACAAGCUUGAAGGUCAAGCCAGAGGGAGCGAGAGAGAGCCAAAAUUCGAAAGUACUCAGGAGGCAGAAAGUCAAGCCUCGUUGUCACACCUGAAACCAGAUCCAGAACAGAGCUGCUCCGGCUGGACAGAAGAAGCUGACCCACGGGCUGAGUAUGACCAGGCCCUGAUGAAGCUCAUCAAGAGCUUUCCAAACUGUGACAGAGACUUCCUAGAGGACAUCCUUACCCAGUGUAACAGGGAUUACGAGGAGGCGUCCACACUACUUAUCAGCACACUGAGUUGAACUUCAUGUAUUAUAAAUUCUUUCCCCCAUAAACACAACAAUUUACAACAGCUCCUACAGGCAUCUAGAGAGGAAAGAGUUAAUGAAGGAGCUGUUUGUCCUUAAUUUUCUGUUUGACACUUUAGGCCAUGGGCCAAAUAAGCAUAUUUACUCAGGGUGCAGAUGGUAGAGAAUUGGCAAAGACAAAGUUUAUCUACUUUGAUGGUAGAUCAGUAUACAAAGCAGAGCUGACUACAAUGCAUUAGACUCCUUUGAAAACAUACCUACAUAAUAUGUGCUCUAUGGGAUCUGUUUUUGAUUAUGCUAUUAAUCACUGAGUGUUUGGUGUUGUGUAUCUGUCUGCAUUCAGUAGUGAGUCAUGUUGUGGUUUUGUCUUGACAUCGAGUAGAAUUGAUGCUCGUUUUCACCAGUUUGGUUAAAGGUCAUCGCAAUGACUCAAAAUCUUCAGCUCAUAUUUGGAGCUCUUGAUUAAAUCAGUGUGUGCAAAUGGAAGAAAGUACUAGCAACAUGCAUGAUGCUUUUUGUUCUGUUUUAUAAUUAAAGUUGUGUGUAAUGUAUCUAUAGCAAAAAAAUAAUAUUUAAGUAUGUCAUUUUUGACUUUAGAAAAUUGUUCUGCCACAUUGUGCCAGUCGGGACAGAAACAUUCUAACAGGCACAUACAAAAAUGACAUUUUUCCAAAGAAGUCCAGUUAUCCUUUUUCGAAGCCGAGGUUUUUUGUAGAAAGCCUUUUUGUUAUUAGUUUCAGUUCAAAGUCAAAGUUGUUUUAGGGGGCUGCAGGGAAACACUGUUUGGUUGAAUGUUCAUCACUGUUUAUAUUCAUGUGUUGUAGCCAUUUCAUCCCUUUGCUUCUCAUCGCUGUGUUACACAGUGGGCAGUGAGCUGCUGCUGGUGCAGUAAAAUUUAACCUCAUAACAUCAGUGAACUGGACAGCACAGGUGGUUAUCACCUGGUGGCGGCAACAAAGGAACAAAGGGCGUUGCUCUCAACAUGAGGGGCUGAAAAUCCCCUUUUACUAAAGCAUGAAGUCAUGAGGAGUGCUACAGAGUCAUCCAGGAAAUGUCUUCCCUUUGGAGAACACCAAGAAAUCACAUAUUAUUGCAGCAGUUUUACACUUAGUCAUAAAGGUGAUGCAUUUAAAUUUCAGUGAAAAAUAUUUACUGUGUGGUAUACCCCUAA